CCACGUGGUGGGGAGCGAGUGUGUCUCUGCUGGGUGUCCGGGUGCAGAGCUCGGCUCCCGAGUCGAGAUGCCGAAGGCAAAGUCGGUGACCAGCGGCCGGCGCCAGGAGCGGCGGGAGCAGAAGAGUGCUGGCGGUGUCAUGUUUAAUACUGGACUUGGACAGCAUAUUUUGAAAAAUCCUCUCAUUGUUAAUAGCAUCAUUGAUAAGGCUGCCUUACGACCAACAGAUGUGGUCCUAGAAGUUGGUCCUGGAACUGGAAACAUGACUGUGAAACUACUAGAAAAAGCUAAAAAGGUAGUUGCCUGUGAACUUGACCCAAGGCUAGUAGCUGAACUUCAUAAAAGAGUUCAGGGAACGCCCCAGGCAAGCAAACUUCAAGUAAUGGUUGGUGAUGUGUUGAAAACCGACUUGCCAUUCUUUGAUGCAUGUGUAGCAAAUUUGCCUUAUCAGAUCUCUUCCCCAUUUGUCUUCAAGCUGUUGCUGCAUAGACCUUUUUUUAGGUGUGCUAUACUUAUGUUCCAGAGGGAAUUUGCUCUCCGUUUGGUUGCAAAACCAGGAGACAAACUAUACUGCAGACUUUCCAUUAAUACCCAGUUACUAGCACGAGUGGAUCAUCUGAUGAAAGUUGGGAAGAAUAAUUUCAGACCUCCACCAAAAGUUGAGUCAAGUGUGGUAAGGAUAGAACCUAAGAACCCACCACCACCUAUCAAUUUCCAGGAAUGGGAUGGUCUUGUGAGGAUAACAUUUGUGAGGAAAAACAAGACUCUGUCUGCAGCAUUUAAGUCGAGUGCAGUGCAACAGCUUUUGGAAAAAAAUUACCGAAUUCACUGUUCAGUCCAUAAUAUUGCAAUACCAGAAGAUUUCAGCAUUGCAGAUAAAAUACAGAAAAUCCUAAUGGAUACAGGUUUUAGUGACAAACGGGCCCGUUCCAUGGACAUAGAUGACUUCAUUAGAUUGCUACAUGGAUUCAAUGCAGAAGGCAUCCAUUUUUCUUAGGCAGAAUAAAAAGAGGAUACUCCAAACUUAACAAGAAACUGUAAUUUUACUUUCUUGAACUACUGAUAAUGAAGAAGGUGGACCUCUAUUUUUUACAAGGAUAACCACACCAAAUACCCUGCAGGUUUUAUAACUAAAACUCACCCUCUCAUCAUGAAGUAACUUUUUGGUUUUUUUUUUUUAAAGGGCAAAUUUAUUCUGUACUUUGUAAGUGUUCAGACUAUGUAACUUUGGGCAUGGGGUGGCCAAGUCAUUGACCCUCCAGAUCAAAUACAGUUCUUUCCAAAAGUUAAUAGCCGCAAUACACGCACAAACUUGACACACAAACCUUUUCACUUCUACCUGUUCAUCUUCUGAAACUAACAUCUUAUUUACUGUGAUAAUUCUAUUCUUAGGGGACUUUUCUUUUGCUUAUUGGGAUAGAUGAGAGGUAUGUCUUUUAAAUAAAAAAUAAGCUUUUUUAUUAUUCUCUUUACCUAGUCUUCUUCCAUUUAUCUAAUGAUCAUCUCCCUCAUUCUGUUGUCAUGAACUUUUCUUUUUCAUUUAUUCAUUUGUGUCCAUCUGAUCCUUCUUACUUCCUUGAGCUUAGUUCCCUUUUCCAUUGCAGUGGGUAAAGUGGUAAAGUGGUAUAUUGAGAGAAAUAUGGAACCUGGGAUUGAUUCUCGGUUUAUCUCUGAUAAUGCAGUAGCUAUGUGACUUCAGGCAAGACACUUCACCUCUGGACCUCAAAUUUCCUCAUUUGUCCAAUGAGGGAGUUAAGAUUAGCUGAUUUAUAAACUUCUUUCCAGUUGUGAAAUUCGGUGACCAACCAGGAAGUCUCAAUGGUAGGAUUAUCAGUCACCUCACAAAAAUUAUACCCUCCAGUGAUAAAUUGAUGUAUUUUAUAUACAUAUAAAUAACAUGAAGAAAAUAAAACUCUACAAAUUUUUA